GACGAGCUGUGUUUAAUGGAGUCAGACUCUGAAGUUGUUUUCCACCUUUUAAGGGGAACUUGGCGGGACUGAAGUGGGGUGCCACGGGGCUCGCUGGGGCAGGAAGCGCCACAGGUGACGCUGUGCGCCCCGGUGGUCCCGGCGGCGUCAGCGACUCUGAGGGGCGGGGCCCGGGGAUCUGUGUUUACACGCCAGCCAGGUGACUCGGGCGUUCAGUCAGGGCUGAGAGCCGACGCGACUUGCCAGCCUCCAGCGCUCUGACUCACGUGGCGCCGGCCUCCGGGACCAGAAGCAGAAGCAGCCCGCGUCGUCCGCCACCGCACGGACGGCGGGAAGACCACGGAGGCCGCCCCCAGCCCAGAGCCCGCGGCGGGUUACAUAACGGGCCGCGAGCCGCCGCGCUCUCGCGAGAUCUCAGCCGCCCCCUCCCCGACUCGCUCCACGUCAGAAGGAACCGGGCGGAGCGGCCAACAUGGCGGAACGCAGGCGACACAAGAAGCGGAUCCAGGAAGUUGGUGAACCAUCUAAAGAAGAGAAGGCUGUAGCCAAAUAUCUUCGAUUCAACUGUCCAACAAAAUCCACCAACAUGAUGGGUCAUCGGGUUGACUAUUUUAUUGCUUCAAAAGCAGUGGAGUGCCUCUUGGAUUCAAAGUGGGCCAAGGCCAAGAAAGGAGAGGACGCUUUAUUUACAACCAGGGAGUCUGUGGUCGACUACUGCAACAGGCUUUUAAAGAAACAGUUUUUCCAUCGGGCCCUAAAAGUAAUGAAAAUGAAAUAUGAUAAAGACGUAAAAAAAGAAAAAGAUAAAGGGAAAUCAGAAAGUGGGAAAGAAGAUGAUAAAAAGAGCAAGAAAGAAAGUGUUAAAGAAGAAAAAACAAAAAAGGAAAAAGAAAAAAAGAAAGAUGGUGAAAAGGAAGAUUCCAAAAAGGAGGAAACUCCAGGAACUCCAAAAAAGAAGGAAACUAAGAAAAAAUUCAAACUUGAGCCACAUGAUGAUCAAGUUUUUCUGGAUGGAAAUGAGGUUUUUGUGUGGAUCUAUGACCCAGUUCACAUUAAAACAUUUGUCAUGGGAUUAAUUCUUGUGAUUGCAGUAAUAGCAGCCACCCUCUUCCCUCUCUGGCCAGCAGAAAUGAGAGUAGGUGUUUAUUACCUCAGUGUGGGCGCAGGCUGUUUUGUAGCCAGCAUUCUUCUCCUUGCUAUUGCUCGCUGCAUCCUGUUUCUCAUCAUCUGGCUGAUAACUGGAGGAAGGCACCACUUUUGGUUCCUGCCAAACCUGACUGCUGACGUGGGCUUCAUUGACUCCUUCAGGCCCCUGUACACACAUGAGUACAAAGGACCAAAAGCAGACUUAAAGAAGGAUGAGAAAUCUGAAACCAAAAAGCAGCAGAAGUCCGACAGUGAGGAAAAGUCAGACAGUGAGAAAAAGGAGGAUGAGGAAGGGAAAGGAGCUCCGGCAGACCAUGGACCAGAAGGCUCGGGCGGAGAGCGGCACUCAGACACGGACAGUGACAGGCGGGAAGACGACCGCUCGCAACACAGUAGCGGGAACGGGAAUGAUUUUGAAAUGAUCACGAAGGAGGAGCUGGAGCAGCAGACAGAUGGGGAUUGUGAUGAGGAGGAUGACGACAAAGAUGGAGAGGUGCCUAAAUCUGCACAUGAGAAAUCAUAAUCUGACUAGCUGGGGGACUAAAUAAGUACAGCAGGUUGGGUUUUCUGUGUUGGCCGAUCAUCAUGAUGUACAGAUGGCAUUUGUAGCAUUCUUUAAAUCCAUUUUCUGAAAUGUAUUUGACAUUCAGUUACAGUCAGCCUUUUGUUUUGUAGAACGUUGGUACUGUUAUUGGUACAGUUUAAAGCCAUUAAUAAGUUUUAUCCAUCUGAUAAUUUUACAGUAAGUAGGCCUCAUUUUGAUAGUCAUCAGAGGUACAUUGUCCACAAUGACACUUAGAAUAAGGGCAUUUUUGAUAGUUGUAUGGCUUUUUACUGUUAGACUAAUGGAAAUUGCUAAAGAAACUGCAGCAUUUCAGAUUAUGCAUAAGUAUAUAGCCACUUGGCAGUUUCUUUAGGAUCAAAUGCUUAAACUCAUUGUUCUUGCUAGUUAUGCUCUUUUUGGGUUUUUAGGUUUGUUUGGUUUUUUGUUUUGUUUUCAUAAACUUAUACCAGAAAAAUUCCUUUUUUAAGGUUUUUGAGUUAGCAGGGAUCAAGAGCAUUUUGUGGAAACAAGCCAGCUAGUAACAGUGCAGCAACCCUUUUAAUUCAGCUACAGAUUCUCCUUUUCCAGCUUAGGAAAUCCCAACUGACCUGUGCGUUCAAUCCAGAGAAAGGCGGUCAUCUCCAGCAGAAGUGAGGAGCGCUGACUGGACGGCGAGGCUCUUCCUUCCUCCCCAUCUCCUUGUCAUAACAUAAGAUGUAUUCUGUACAUAAUUUACAAAUAAAACAUUUUAUUUUAAUUGUUACUUAUUAUUUAGACAUUUCUCAACACUGAAAUUUGUAAAACAAAAACCAUGUAAGGUAUGUUUUUAGAAAGUUUCAGUAACCCACAGAACAUCUGAUCUUUCUACAGCAGCUUCAGUUGUGUGCCAACAUUCCAUGUAUUUUAAUAUGAGUAAAAGUUAUCCUUAUUAAGUAAGAACAGACUUAAAGUAGUAGCUGUUUGUACGCCUUAAUGUUCAUUGAUUUAUUUUAAAUCUUUACAUUUAGAAAUGGGGGCUAUGUCAUCAGACGAGGAGGCACUGCUGUGAAAGACAAUUUGCUGUUCUAAAAUACCAAUUAAAAAUAAAGGAUAUAAAAGAAAACACAGCAAGCCAUUGGACUCUAAUUGCUUCAAACUAGUUUGGCCAUUUACUUUUUACACACCUUCGCUACAAACCUUCUUUAAAACGCCUGCAUAUACACAAGCAAUCCUUGGAGCCACGUUUUACACCCCAGUGAGCAGUGAGUGAUUUUCCUUUAGUCACACGGUGGUUUUGCUUUGUAGUUAGUAGGUGAUGGAUAUAUAGGUCUUCAUCCUCCUUUAGGCUGUUUCUCUUCUUGUGUUUGUCCAUUGUCUGUAUAUUGACAGCUUAUGAAAUACAGCUUGACUUGUUUCUUUAGUCUUCCUGUGUGGAUGGAACGGUAGGUGCGGUCCUCAGAGCGCUGUGCAUUGAUUACAGUGCCUCGGUGUUCUUCCUUCACAUUUAUUUGCAGAGCCCUGCUGCCUCGUGUCCACAGUAAGGAAGAGGAUAAUUACAGCUUAUGAGCUUGUUAGUCACAGGUAGAUUAAUACCUAUUUAGGGUAUGAAAAUGGAACAAGAAACUUUGAUAAAACAAAACUGCUUGUUUGACCUUUACUAGUAUAGUACCCAGGCACUCAAUAUUUAUUUGCAAGAUCUUUGUAACAUAUGUCCUGUGUCUAGUCUAAACAAUAAAGAAUGCUAGCUACAAAGUCCACUUACUGAUACAAGUGGAUAGUAAAUUUUUCAUAAGUAUUUGCUGAUCUUUGGGGAGAGUACUCUUGUUUUCGUUAGGUAUGGACUAGAAAUUUCAGCUUAAUUUCUAUUGUAUGGUUCAAGGUAAAACACUUUAAACAAGUUAAAAAAUCAAAAUGCUUCCUCUGUUGUAGUCUUUAGACGUCUUUGUGUCAGAGCAUGGAGAAUUGUUUACACUAGCCAAUGGAGUAGUGACUCUUAAAAAAUGAUUUCCUAUGCUGCUGUAAGUAGAAGCACAAAGCUUUUGGGUAAUGUGGGGUUUACUAUGGAGUGUAUGUAUGUUGGCCUAUGCAGGAUUGAACUAAGCAGGAACUGAGUCCAGAUGGAAGAAUAGUACAUAUGUGAAUGUUCUCAAAAUUAAUGUGUUAAAUAGGGUGCUUUUUCUUUUCCUUCCUACAGAAUUCUUAAGUUUUUUAAAUUAUAAGUCCUUCUAGAGAAUGUUAAUUGAUAAUUUCAACGAAUACUACCCAGAAAAUAAUAAAUUUUAAUAUAUUACACUGAA